CGGCAACAAUAGAACAGCUAAAAGAAAGUGUAUCAAAACUAAAACUACCCAAGGAACACACACCAAGAAUCUAAUUAAAUCUAAGCAAAAUGGCGGAUAGAAUAAAAAAGUUUUUUCAAAAAAAGAAGACUGAUGCCAGGUUCAAAAUGGCAGGACCUGGCCACAAACUAAGUGAGUCCACUCUUAGCAGCCAGAGUUCCAAUGUCCAAUGUUCGAAAAAGGAGGUUCCAAUAAAGAGGUCUGGCUUGUCGGAAGAGAGUAAGGUUGCUGCUGAAGCUGCUUUGUCUAGGCUUCAGCAGAAAAGGGAGAAUCCAUCCUUUAAUACUUCAUUGGCUGCUAUACAGGCCCAAGUAAAAAAAGAACUAGAGAAUGAGCGAGCCAAUCAGAUGUCAGAGGCAUCUGCCUCUAAGUCAAUGACUACACCAUCUGAAAUUCAUAAGAGAGAGAUAGAAGAUGUGCCCAGGAACUAUGCAGCCAGUGGCGUUUAUUUCAAAUGUCCACUGAUAAGUAACGAUAUACUUCCCCGGGAUGAAUGGAAGAAGAACAUCAAAACGUUCCUGUACGAACAGCUGGAGGAGGAGAGAGGUCUCACUGCCUGUCUCAUUAUACAGUCCUGUAAUAAUAAUAGGGAAAAGGUUGACACAUGCGUGGAGACAUUAUGCAAGUACUUAGAGAACAUUAUAACGCAACCUGAAGAGGAGAAGUUUCAGAAAAUUAGGAUGAGCAACAGAGUAUUUGCGGAACGAGUCCAACCUAUAGAAGGUUCGAUGGAGCUGCUACUAGCGGCAGGCUUCAUACAACAGAAGGUUCCCAAUGCAGACGGGAUGGAAGAGGAUUUCCUCGUAUUCCAGAAGAACAAUGUGCCCUCUGUUGAGAGUCUAGUGACCCUUAUAGACGGUCUAAGAACAGCAGAGCCGAUACAACUCGAACUAGACAGGAACCUCCAAGUAUUGCUGCCGUCGCAGGCCGCUAAUAAGGUGCAGCUGCCACCUUCGUUCUAUGCACUGUCCCCUGAGGAAAUUAAGAGGGAACAGCAGUUGAGACAAGAAGCUAUAGAAAGGAGUCAAAUGCUCAGAACUAAAGCUAUGCGAGAAAAGGACGAAAUUAGGGAAAUGCGUAAAUACAAGUUCGCCAUAAUAAGGGUACGCUUCCCAGAUGGAAUACUGUUACAGGGGACAUUUUCAGUUUACGAACGCUACAAUGAUAUACACGAAUUCGUCCGAGAAAACCUCGAACAUGACCUUCCAUUCGUACUAAGCAUGCCAACUGGUCAUAAGGUGACGUUAGAAGAAGAUGCUAAUAAGACCCUUAUUGACCUACGAUUAGUACCGGCGACAAUACUCACAUUCGCUUGGCACUCGUCUGUGGCUGAACAAAUUCAUAAUAGUCCGAAUAAAGACGUGUUUUUGAAGCCUGAAGUCAUGGUUUUGGUGCAAGAAGUGGCAUUGGCGAUGAAUAAGUUGCUCCGUUGUGUGAGCAUAAAGUCCGCCAUUUUUAGAAGUUGUUCGUUGCGACACGUCAAGCUCCUAGCACUGCAAGCACUCCUCGUAUGCUUAAGGGAAGUGUACUAUUUAUUAUUUUAAUGUAAUUAUUAACAUCUAUAUGUGUAUAUUGAGAAUUCUUUAAUGAAAUAAAAACUGAAGUUGUA